ACCCCAAAGGCUCGGCUUAGUUUCCCUCUUUCUCUCUCCUCCGACUGCAGUGCAGAGCGCUCUCUCUAAAGCUUUUGCGCUCUUCGCUCGCUCUGGAAGCUCUCUCGGAUGGCGUCCCAAGCUAGCCUUCUCCUACAGAAGCAGCUCAAAGAUCUCUGCAAGAACCCGGUCGAUGGAUUCUCCGCUGGUUUGGUGGACGAGAACAAUAUAUUCGAGUGGAGCGUCACCGUUAUUGGACCUCCCGAUACUCUCUAUGAGGGUGGAUUUUUCAAUGCUAUCAUGACCUUCCCAUCCAACUAUCCCAACAGCCCUCCUACAGUGAGGUUUACAUCAGAGAUUUGGCAUCCAAAUGUUUAUUCUGAUGGACGGGUUUGCAUAUCAAUUCUGCAUCCUCCCGGUGAUGAUCCAAAUGGUUACGAGCUUGCGAGCGAGCGUUGGAUGCCCGUGCACACAGUAGAGAGUAUAGUGUUGAGCAUCAUUUCUAUGCUUUCUAGUCCCAAUGAUGAAUCUCCUGCAAAUGUUGAAGCUGCGAAAGAAUGGAGAGAGAGGAGAGAUGAGUUCAAGAGAAAGGUAAGCCGCUGCGUAAGAAAAUCGCAAGAGAUGCUAUAGAAGAGACUGUCGGUUACUUACCAGUUACCCUCAGUGUACGGGAUUGGAGUGCAUCCGGAACUUGGGGUUCUAGGCUAAUCUGCUAGACUUUGUUGGAUGCAUUGAAGUUUGCCAUCCAUCUCUUCAAGUGUCGGCUUUCUCGCUUGCUCUCUCUCAUGUAUCAGUUCUUACUUUUGUUUCUUUUUCUUCUUUUGGCGUUAUAAUAUUUUGUUGUAAGUCCUGGAUGUUGUAUUUGAGAAUUCUCUUCCAAAAGCUUGAUGAAAAAUUUGUUAUUGAGGAGA